CAAAAAAAUCUAUUCAGCAAAGGGCUUUUGUGAAGAAAUUAAAGAAAGAAAUUACAAGUACUAGAGAAACUAAACAUUUGUGUCACUGGAGAAACCACCUAAAACAACUGUAUGGAAUAAGACAAAAGGCAUGGAUACAUCUGGAAGAAAUUUUACUUAGUAUAAUAUUUUUGUCCACCAUUUUCUCAUAAAAGGCUGCCGAAGAAGAGAGAAUAUAGUUUUAUAGAGAAUGAAAGAGAGUACGGUAAAAAUGGAGACCACAGCUUCUGAAAUUCAAGUAGAAAGUAAAGAUGAGAAGAAAGUAACAGAAGUUAGUCCUCAGGAUAAAAAGCAAGAGAAAAAAGCAUCAAUGCUUUGCUUCAAGAGAAGGAAGAAAGCAGCCAAAGCAGUGAAGCCCAAAGCGGACUCUAAAGCUGCUGAUGCAGCAAGGAAACAUACCCCAGAAGCUGGAGCCUCUGAUCAGCUACAGCCCCCAGGGGGAGCCUGGGCCUCAAUCAAACGUCUUGUAACUCGCAAGAAAAGGUCCGAUUCAAAGCAGCAACAGUCGUUAGAGGCUAACGUACAACCUGAAAUCAAUGCUGAGGAUACAGAUCUUUCUAAGAAAAAGGCAAAAUCCAGACUUAAGAUUCCCUGCAUAAAAUUUUCAAAAGGGGAGAAAAGAAGUGACCAUUCCAAAAUUAUAGAAGACUCAGACUACAGCAUCAAAGUCCAGGGAGAGGCUGAGAGUUUGGAUACAAAACCUCCAACCCAAUUAGCUGACCAGGCAACAAAUACCAACUUAACCCAGCCUGUAAAUGAAGUUUCUGUCUCCCAGAAAGUUGAUGAUGAGGUCUGUGAAUCAAAUGUGAGCAACAGCGUAACUGGAGAGAAUGUGAUUUCAGUAGAACUUGGAAUAGACACAGUUCCUUCAGCUAUUCAGACAGAAACUGUAGUCCUUGAAGAAGAGAUUAAAACAAUUGAGGAAACACAAAGUGUUCAACCCCAGCAAGCAAGCCCACCUGAAAUCUCAGAAGCAGAACAUCAGCCUCCAGUGGCUUCUGAUGUUCUUCCCUCUCCUGAAGUCCCAGAUCAACCAAUUGAGAAAGAAGAAAGAAGCAGUCUCCCAGAAAGUGGACUGAAUUGUGAAGACCAUGAAAGUAGAGAGAUAGUAGGUGAAGAAAGUAAGCCAAAAGAUACUGAAUUGAGCCAGGAGACAGAUUUUAAGGAAAAUGAAAUCAAUGCAGAAAAACCCAAUCUAGAAGAAAGCAAAAGAAUGGAACCAAUUGCUAUUAUUAUUACAGACACUGAAAUAAGUGAAUUUGAUGUUAAGAAAUCUAAAAAUGUCCCUAAGCAGUUCUUAAUUUCAAUUGAAAAUGAGCAAGUAGGGGUUUUUGCUAAUGAUAGUGGUUUUGAAGGUAGAACUUCAGAACAAUAUGAAACACUCUUAAUUGAAACAGCUUCUUCUCUUGUCAAAAAUGCUAUCCAGUUGUCUAUAGAACAGCUGGUUAAUGAAAUGGUCUCUGAUGACAAUAAAAUAAACAAUCUUCUACAGUGACUUAAUUUCUAGAUCAUGGGAGAAAAAAUAAGCUUAAUGAUAAAUUAUUUUACAUAUUUGUGGCAUUUCUUAUUCAGUGACAAGUGAGAGAUUUAUCAGUUGAAUUUAAAGGUACUAUUCUAGCUUAGAAGUGCCGAAGAAUACCAAGAUCAUAAAGCCUCCUUACCACUGAAAUGUAGUUACUUCUGGGCUGAAGGAAAGCAGCAUGGAUUGCAAUACAAAGUGACAUUCAGAGAGUUGCCAAAAUGGCAUGUGAAGAUUGCAGAAUGAAGAUGUAUUUAUUGAGCACUUACAAUAUGCCAUAAUGUCCUCUGAUGUCACAAAGCCUGGCUUCCUUUUGAUGGUUCAACGUAUGUAAUUGUUAAUGUUGUAUUCAGUGUUUAAAACUUUUUUUUUUUUACGGUAUACUUUUCCAUUGUUUAAAAUAGUGAAUAAGGUGAGCUAUUUUUGUGAAUGUGUGGUUUAGUUUUUACAUCCCAAGGCAGCAGUCUUACCUCAAAAAAGAUGUUAUUUGCCCAAUUUCAGCAGAGUAUACAUAUCUGAGCUACACAUGAAUGUUUUUUUCCCCUUGUCCUGCUCAAGUUCCUUCCUAAGCCAUUCACGAAAUUCCCUCAAACAAGCACAUAAUUACCAAGUGCAAAGAUGUGAAAAAGGGAGUGUAUUUUCUCUUUUAUGUUUCUUCUGCCCUAAACAGACCACUAUAAACCCAUUUCUGCAUGAUCAUCUGCUGAAAACAAAAAGCAAAGAGCAACAGCAAAAACAGAAAGAGUGGAAUAUUAUUUCUCAUCCAAGAGAAGGUAAACUUCCCAAGUAAUAAGCUAUCACAGAUAACACAGGACUCAUCUUACAUUUAUCAUAGGGUUACUUCAUCAGCUCUUCAUUGAGCAGAGAAGUGAUUAAAAGCCAGUUUAGCAGUAAAAGUUCCAGAGAAUUAUAAUUUAGUAAAAAUACUCAUUAUCGACCAAUAAUAAGCCAUGUACAUGAUUGAAUAGGAAAAUGAAAAGAUAUUGCUAAAGUCCAUUAUAUUUCAAGUCAAUAUUCUUUCACUGUGCCUAUGUACUGGAAAACACCAUUUAAAAAAAUGGGUAUUGAAAAUUAACUUUUACACCAGUAUUUUCAAUUCAGUCAUUCCCUUACAAAAAAGAAUAUAACAAGGGCUUAUUUUCACUUAUUUAGCUAUUUAAAUUAAUGCUCUCAUCAGUGGUUGACAUUGUUUUCAAAUGUGAAAUCUUCUGUGAAGGGGUUGUAACAUUUAUAACACUUCCUUACCAUUCAGGUUAGGGCUCAUAUUGUAUAGUGCCCAUUGUCUAAAUUGAGUGGCAGUGUUACUCUGAAAGUGGAUAAAGAAUGAAGAGCUUACACUCGAGUUGCUCGUUAUUUGCUUAAGAGUAUUUGGACAUUCUUGGAGAAAAUAAUGUACUUCAUAUGAUUUAAAUGGUCUGGUGAGUUCUUGCAUUUUUAAUGGACUAACAGAAAGUAUAUGCUUAAUUUGCCUUAUAGAAUGUUCUUUCUUUAAAGAAAUCUUGAAACCUCUGACAGAACUUAAUCUGAACUGAGUAAUGGAUAUUAACAGGAUUCUUUAAUGAAAUGCAGAAGUAUUUCCCACAUAUUAUCCUAUAUUUGUGCUUAACUUGGGGGAAGAGCAUAAAAUGUAUUUAGCAUGAUGAAAAGUGGACCUUUCAAAACAUAACCCAAUAAAUUAAUUUCUUUUAAUUACAUAGUUUUUACAAAUUUUUAAAAAAAUACUGCUAAGCAAUUCUCCUUAAAAACACUUUUUUAAAUUCACUAUAUGUGGUGCUAACGGACUUGGGCAGCUACCAGCAAAUAUAUUAAAAGGUGGACAAUUUUUAAAACCUGAUUAAGGUUGGUGCAUUUUACAGUGUUUUGAAGAAUAAUUUCUUCACUUACUGCAAAGAUGUCUCAAGCUAAUAUACUUGCAUUGUAGGUUUUAGUAAUCCCUCGUGAGUUAGCAAUAAUAUAUCACUUAACAGUUACUGAAAAUAUUUUGAAAGCUUUAGGCAUAUUUGGAAGUUUCAAAAACAGAUAUGUGAUAAAUUGUCUACAGUUGUUAGGAAAGUAACUUUUUAUCUAACUAGACAUAGAUUUGUACCUUUUUCUUCACUGGUUUUAGAUAAUAUUUUUGGUCAGAGUGUUUUAUGGCUGAUUGUUUUAUGAUAAAAUGUGUUCUGUGAUUACAUCCAUUCUUCAGUGGCUUCUCAAUCUUUUUUAUUAAAACUAUCUGGUGAGUUAAUAAGGAGUCCAAAGUAAAAAAGAAAUUCAGAAAUUAAUUGAUAUCAAUCCGAUUGUAUCUGCUACAUGGCCAAAUCCCACUAAAGUGAACUUCUGACCCAAACUGUUUGUUUUUACAGAAAUAAUGAGUCAGAUGACUUAGAAGUCUCUCAUAAAUUGUAUUAUGAUAGUAUUUAUUUUAAGCAAUUUGACCUUAUAUGCAAGAUAUUAAGUGAAUAUAAUAGAUUCCUAUUCAAUUUUGACAUCCAUCUGACUAUAAAAAGAGUCACUUAAAGGGCAUUUUAACAACACUUUAAUUUGCAUUUAAAUUUGCUGUGUUAAACGUACUGUUUUUA